GAUGUGACGUUCUGUGCUGGGUGUGUGAGCGCUCUGCGCAUGCGCGCUCAUCCUUCUUUCCCGGUUUCUGCUGCGCCGCUGCCGCUGAUCACCUUCUCCAGUGAAAGCUGCUCAAAAUCCUCCAUACAGAUCCAGGCACACACAUGAGGCAUGGCAGGUCUCUUCGGGAAGAUCCAGAUCGGCAUUUAUGUGGAGAUCAAGCGCAGUGAUGGAAGGAUCCACCAGGCCAUGGUGACGUCACUGAACGAAGACAAUGAGAGCGUGACGGUGGAGUGGAUUGAAAAUGGAGACACAAAAGGGAAAGAGAUCGAUCUGGAGAGCAUAUUUGCGCUAAAUCCAGACGUUGCACCUGAAGAGGAAAUCCCACGAAGUCCUGAGACCCCUCCGCCACCCGUGUCCAAUGCCAUCAAAACCAACAAGAUCCCUCAAAACAAGAAUCGUCGAACAGUAGCGCCACCGAAAAAUGAAAUGCCUGCAAGGGAUAAUCGAGUCACUGUAGGUACGACUCGAGCGCGGCCGAGCCAACAGACCGAACCGCCUCCAUCAGCACCCAUCCCGCCUCCACCCAUCCAACACCAGACCCUACAGCAGCAGCAGAACGCUCGCAGGAAGUCCAACUGCGUCAAGGAAGUGGAGAAACUUCAAGAGAAGCGGGAAAAGAGACGAUUACAGCAGCAGGAGCUGAGAGAGAAAAGAGCACAGGAGGUCGAUACCACAACCCCUAAUUAUGAAAUAAUGUGCAUGAUCCGAGACUUCAGAGCGAGUUUGGACUACAGACCGCUGACCACUGCAGAUCUGAUUGAGGACCACAGGAUAUGCGUGUGUGUUCGGACACGGCCACUGAACAAGAAAGAGCUGACCGUGAAGGAUCUGGACGUCAUCACCAUCCCCAGUAAAGACGCGGUCAUGGUCCACGAGCCCAAGCAGAAAGUGGAUUUAACCAGAUACCUGGAGAACCAGACGUUCCGCUUCGAUUACGCUUUCGACGACACCUCCACAAACGAAAUGGUGUACAGGUUCACCGCUCGGCCGCUGGUGGAGACAAUAUUUGAGAGGGGAAUGGCCACUUGUUUUGCUUAUGGUCAGACGGGCAGCGGGAAGACUCAUACCAUGGGAGGAGAUUUUUCGGGGAAGAACCAGGAUUGCUCUAAAGGGAUCUACGCUCUCGCUGCACGGGAUGUUUUUCUCAUGUUAAAAAAACCAAACUACAAGAAGCUGGAUCUUCAGGUGUACGCAACGUUCUUUGAAAUCUACAGCGGGAAGGUGUUUGACCUUCUGAACAGGAAGGCGAAGCUGCGUGUGCUUGAAGACGGGAAGCAGCAGGUUCAGGUGGUCGGGCUGCAGGAGCGAGAGGUCAAAUGCACCGAGGAUGUGCUCAAACUCAUCCAUAUAACAAACAACUGCAGGACAUCUGGACAGACCUCUGCUAACGCUCACUCGUCCCGCAGUCACGCCGUGUUUCAGAUUAUUGUUCGCAGGAGGGGCAAAAUGCACGGUAAAUUCUCUCUCAUCGACCUGGCAGGAAACGAGCGAGGGGCGGACACGUCCAGCGCUGACCGACAGACGCGUCUCGAGGGCGCCGAGAUCAACAAAAGUCUGCUGGCGCUGAAGGAGUGCAUCAGGGCUUUGGGUCGAAACAAACCACAUACUCCGUUUCGAGCCAGUAAACUCACGCAGGUCUUAAGAGAUUCCUUCAUCGGAGAAAACUCUAGAACAUGUAUGAUCGCUACAAUCUCUCCUGGAAUGGCAUCAUGUGAAAACACAUUAAACACUCUGAGAUACGCCAACAGAGUGAAGGAGUUUGGGAUCAGUCCCUCCGACAUUCCCUUCUCUCAGGGGGGCGGCGGGCGCUCCGAACUCUCUCCUACCUAUGAGUACGAUGACUUUGCUACCUCACCCAGCAGGGUGAAGGAGCUGAGCAUCGACCCCAGUGCGGUGAUGGAGGGACGCUCCGCCGGACACUCGCUCAGUCAGCUGGACGUGCUGGAGGCACAGUGGGGAGUGGGCAGCUCUCCUCAGAGAGAUGAUCUCAAGCUGCUCUGUGAACAAAACGAAGAGGAAGUGUCCCCGCAGCUCUUUACCUUCCAUGAGGUGGUGUCUCAGCUGGUGGAGAUGGAGGAGCAGGUUCUGGAGGACCACCGUGCCGUGUUUCAGGAGUCCAUACGCUGGCUGGAGGAUGAGAAGGUUCUUCUGGAGAUGACGGAGGAAGUUGAUUAUGAUGUGGAAUGUUUUGCCACUCAGCUUGAGCAAAUCCUGGAUCAGAAGAUUGAUGUGUUAACAGAGCUUAGAGAUAAAGUGAAGUCUUUCCGCUCGGCUCUUCAGGAAGAGGAACAGGCCAGUAAGCAGAUCAACCCUAAACGCCCACGAGCCCUGUAGCCACACAGCACCAGCAGAACAAUCCCAUCAGUGUAUCUACAUGUGUAACCUGUACGUGAUGUGACUCUUUCUUUCAUCCGACAAAAGCACAUUUUAACUGUAUAGAUGAUUUGAGUUCUUACUAAACUGAAUGAUGAUAGAGUUUAAGGCCAUGAGAGGGCACACGGUGAGCUAAUGCAUGAACAAACCAGCUCUGCAUCGUCUGACUGAAUCCUGUAAAUAUGUCAUUGACUCAUUCAUGCUUUUCAGAUGUAUAUACACUGCUCAUCUACUUGCAUAAGUUUGACAGGUAAUGAAAUGUGAUUUAUACCGUCCCAAUGGAAAAGAGCAGAUACAGUCUAGAAAUAGUCACAAUUAGGGAUGCACUGAUAUAGACAUUUCAUCCACUUAUUUUUAUGACUACUAAUUAAGGAAACUUGUUUCCAACACAGGAUGACAAAAUAAAGGUACUUAAUUGUUUUUGGGAUGAAAAAAAUAAUUUCACAAUUGUGCUAUAUAUAAUAUAGUUUGGAUCUCAAAAUCCAGUAUUUUGUCUUUCUCAGAAUCAUGAGACAAACUCAGAAUUCUGAUGUUCUCACAAUUCUGAGAUUUAUAUCUCGCAAUUCUUUACUUUUUAAUUCAGCAAAAUAAAAAAAUUUAAAAGGUUAUUGCAGCUUCUUAUCUCACAGUUCUGAUUUUUUUCCCCACUGUCUCACAAUCAGGACUUUUCUUUGCUGAAUUGUUCUGAACUGAGUAUAUAGCGCAAAAUUGUUUAUAUCUCACAAUUCUGAGUUGAAACUUGCAAAUCUGACUUCUCAGAAUUGGUAAAAAAAAAAAAAAAAACUGUGGGAUAAAAAGUCACAAUUACCAUUUUUAUUUUUUAAUCCUGUGAUGGAAACAAAGUUCUUUAGCUAACCAGUAUGUAAUGUUUUUUUACUCUCUGGUGCUCUGGUAAUUUUUCACAGAAAAAUUUAUUUAUUUUUUAACCAAAAUCUGGAUGCUACAAAACUUGAAGGUUUUGCUACGUGAACACAGGAAAAAAAUGACUAAAAAACUGACCGGUUGAAUGGUCCUAAAUAAAAUAGUCACACUUGCACUGUUUGUGAACUAAUGGGAAAUAAAUUUCAUCUACUGUAAAA